AUGGCCGGGCCGCCGGCGCCGCCGGUCACGCAGCAGGUCGGGCGGGCGCGGGGCUGCGGGCGGCGGCCGGAGCAGGAGCCGCUGCGGGAGGCAGCCCGCUGCCUGGUGCUGGACGCGGACGGGAGCAGCGUCCCCUUCCAGGCCCUGUACGCGGAGCAGAAAGCGAUCGUGCUAUUCGUGCGGAACUUUUUGUGUUACACCUGUAAGGAGUACAUAGAAGAUCUGGCAAAAGUCCCCAAGGCAUUUUUACAAGAAUCGAAUGUGAGGCUUAUAGUUAUUGGACAGUCAUCAUAUCAUCACAUCAAGCCCUUUUGCAGUUUAACUGGGUAUACACAUGAAAUGUAUGUAGAUCCACAAAGGGAAAUUUAUAAAAUACUUGGGAUGAAAAGAGGCGAAGGUAAUAAAGCAUCAGUUCGGAGCCCUCAUGUGAAAUCAAACACUCUUCUGGGAAGUAUUAGGAGUAUAUGGAGAGCAAUGACUGGCCCAGCUUUUGAUUUUCAAGGAGACCCUGCUCAGCAGGGAGGAGCUUUGAUUAUAGGCCCAGGCAACGAAGUUCAUUUUUUGCACCUUGAUAAAAACAGGCUGGAUCAUGUUCCCAUUAAUACAGUCUUGCAGCUGGCAGGAGUUAAAACAGUGAAUUUCUCAAACAAGCCCGAGAUUAUUGACAUAUGACACUGAAGUAAUGCAUACUUCUUUUAAAAUUUGUGCUCUACAAGAAUGGUUCUCCAGUGAAUUAUAACAAGCAUUGGUUAUGUUGCUUCUUUGUGGGACAUCUGAAACCUUAUGUAGAAAAUCAGAGGAUGGAAUAAACUACCUGACACUACAGAUGGAUAUGAAAGUGCUAUUUCCGUUGAGUACAAGAUAAUAAAAACUAAAACAAACCGAGACUGCAAAACAUCCUGGAGCUUAUUAUUGUCUCACCAGACGAACUUGCUAAUGUUUUUUUAAACAUCGUUGUCCAAGGUGCACUAAAGUAAGAAAUCAGAUUUUGCUCAGGAAGAACUUUGGAUUCUUGCCUUCAGCAGAUCCGCACUGGUUUUCAAUCCAAGACUUUUCACCACUGUUUUAAAGCUUCCAGCACUGUAUGAUAAUUUUGUAUUGAAAUACACCUUGAAAAGUCACAGUUUUGAACACCUGGACUUCAUUUGCAUCUGGCAGUGGCAGAAGUUAUGAAACACAUUUCACAAACUCAAAUAAAUAUUUUAAAUACAUCA